CUCUUCUCACCGGACAAGACACGCAGCUUCGCUCCCUACUAGAUGAGAGGGAGUUGGGCACCUCACCUGGUGUGUCUCUCCAAUGCUCUUGGCCCCUGAGGCCUGAGGAGAAGUGAGCCAAGCCCAGCCCCCCAUGGGACGCCCUGUUACCCAGCAUGCACUGCUGCUGCUGCAGUGCAUGCUGGUCCUGCGGCCCGCAGGCGUGGCCAGUAGGAGAGGGCCGGUGCUGCUGCCUGAAUCGCCCUGUCACAAGACGGAGCACCCGCUCGUCCCACACUCAGAGAUGGAGCCGUGGAUCUUCAGGUUCAAGGCAGAGGGCACAGUGGAUUACUCACAGCUGACCUUCGACCCUGGCCAGAACGAACUGAUCGUCGGUGCCAGAAAUCACCUCUUCAGGCUCAAUCUGGAAGACCUGACACUGAUCCAGGAGGCUGAGUGGCACUGCGAUGAGUUCACCAAGGGAGCCUGCUUCAGCCGUGGGAAGUCUGAGGAGGAGUGCCAGAACUACAUCAGGGUGCUGCUGGUGAACGGGAACAGGCUGUUCACCUGUGGAACCAACGCCUUCACCCCCAUCUGCACCAACCGAACGCUGACAAAUUUGACAGAGAUUCAUGAUCAGAUCAGCGGGAUGGCUCGCUGUCCUUACAACCCCCUCCACAACUCCACUGCCCUCAUCACCUCCAGCGGGGAGCUUUACGCUGCCACGGCCAUGGACUUCUCUGGACGAGACCCGGCCAUCUACCGCAGCCUGGGCGGCCUGCCACCGCUGCGCACCGCCCAGUACAACUCCAAGUGGCUGAACGAACCGAACUUCGUCUCCUCCUACGAUAUCGGCAACUUCACCUACUUCUUCUUCCGGGAAAAUGCAGUGGAGCAUGACUGUGGCCGGACGGUGUUUUCCCGCGCAGGGCGUGUGUGCAAGAACGACAUCGGUGGCCGCUUCCUCCUGGAGGACACGUGGACCACCUUCAUGAAGUCCAGGCUGAACUGCUCCCGACCGGGCGAAAUACCUUUCAACUACAACGAGCUGCAGGGAACGUUUUACCUGCCUGAGCUGGAGCUGCUCUACGGUAUUUUCACGACCAACGUAAACAGCAUUGCUGCAUCUGCGGUGUGUGCCUUCAAUCUCAGUGCCAUAUCACAGGUGUUCAACGGGCCCUUCAAGUACCAGGAGAACUCCCGGUCAGCAUGGCUGCCUUUCCCCAACCCCAACCCGGACUUUCAGUGCGGCACCAUUGACUCUGGCUCCUACGUGAACCUGACUGAAAGAAACCUGCAGGACGCUCAGAAGUUUUUGCUGAUGCAUGAGGUGGUCCAACCCGUGGUUCCCGUGCCCUACUUCAUGGAGGACAACGUGCGCUUCACUCAUGUUGCGGUGGAUGUGGUUCAGGGGAAAGACAUGCUGUUUCACAUCAUAUACUUGGCUACGGAUUACGGUACUAUCAGGAAAGUGCUUUCCCCUCUCAAUCAGUCCACGGGGAGCUGCCUGUUAGAGGAGAUCGAGUUGUUCCCGCCCAGGAAGAGACAGCCGAUCCGAAGCCUGCUGAUCCUGCACAGCCGCAGUGAGCUUUAUGUGGGUGUGAGAGACCAGGUCAUCAAGAUCCCGCUUAAGAGAUGCAGCUACCACAAGAGCAGAGAAGCCUGCGUGGGAGCCAGAGACCCAUACUGUGGUUGGGACCUGUUGUUGAAGAAAUGCACCACGCUGGAGGAAAGUGUCAGGAUGAGCCAAUGGGAGCAGAGCAUCACAAAAUGCCCUAUCCGUAAUGUGACUGUUGAUGGAGGCUUUGGCGCCUGGUCAGGCUGGUCCACAUGUAGUCAUAAUGAUGGAGGCAGCGCGGGGUCCUGUCUGUGUCGGACACGAGCGUGUGAUAACCCCGCCCCUCAGUGUGGAGGACAGCAUUGCUAUGGCAUCAGUGUAGAGGUCGCAAACUGCUCCAGAAACGGAGCCUGGACUCCCUGGACCUCCUGGUCUCCCUGCAGCACCAGCUGCGGCAUCGGCUUCCAGGUUCGUCAACGCUCCUGCAGCAACCCGACCCCUCGCCAUGGCGGGCGAGUAUGUGUGGGCCAGAACCGUGAGGAGAGGUACUGUAAUGAACACCUGCCCUGCCCGCCCCAUGUCUACUGGUCGGCCUGGUCGGCAUGGGAACGCUGCACUGUGCCCUGUGGCGGAGGCAUCCAGUCAAGACGCAGAACCUGUGAGAACGGCAACGACUGUCCUGGGUGUGGACAGGAGUACCAGUCAUGCAACACCCUGCCAUGUCCUGACCUAAAAAAGACCACACCCUGGACUCCCUGGACGCCCGUAAACAUCUCAGACAACGGAGGGCACUAUGAGCAGCGUUUCCGCUACACUUGCAAAGCUCGAAUCCCGGAUCCCAGUCUGCUAGAAGUGGGCAGGCAGAGGAUCGAGAUGCGCUACUGCUCCAGCGAUGGAUCCACCGGCUGCUCCACUGACGGAGAGGUGCUUCGCCUUGGGAGGAUCUCAGGCCACACGGUGAAUGGGGGCUGGUCAUCCUGGAGUUCCUGGGCCCAAUGCAGCAGAGACUGCAGCCGGGGAAUCCGUAGCCGGAAGAGGACCUGCAGUAGCCCGGAGCCCAAGCAUGGAGGUCAGACCUGCUUGGGGCCAGCACAGGAGUACCAGGAGUGUAACAUUACUCCUUGUCCAGUGGAUGGCAGCUGGUCAUGCUGGUCUUCAUGGUCCAAGUGCUCUGUGACAUGUGGAGGAGGACACUACAUGAGGACGCGAACCUGCAGCAACCCCCCGCCAGCUUAUGGAGGGGACAUCUGCCUGGGCCUGCACACUGAAGAGGCACUGUGCAACACACAAUCCUGUCCAGAGAGCUGGUCCAGCUGGUCGGAGUGGUCACACUGUGACUCCAACGGAGCCCAGAUGCGUGUGCGUCACUGUGAUGUCCUGUUUCCCACUGGUAACCAGUGCUCGGGAAACAACAGCGAGAACAGGCCAUGCUCCCCUGACUCCAACUUUAUACCAGAAGUCUCAAUUGCACGCUCCAGUCAGGAGGAAAGGCGCUGUGGAGACUUUAACCUCUUCCACAUGAUCGCCGUGGGGCUCAGCAGCUCGAUCCUCGGCUGUCUUGUCACCCUGCUGGUUUACUCGUAUUGCCAGCGCUACCAGCAGCAGUCUCACGAUGCCACCGUCAUCCACCCCAUUUCAGCCGCACCGCUCAACACCAGCAUCACCAACCACAUCAACAAACUGGACAAAUACGACUCGGUGGAAGCCAUCAAGGCCUUCAACAAAAACAAUCUGCUUCUGGAGGAAAGAAAUAAGUACUUCAACCCACAGCUUGCCGGGAAGACCUAUACAAAUGCAUACUUCACCGACCUCAACACCUACGAUGACUAUUAAGCCUCUAUUUGGCAGUUCAGACUCCAUACCAUAGCUGGGACAUCAACCCUAUCAUCCAUUUUGACUGUAUUCUUUUCUUUGUGCUUUGUAUUGAGAUUCGUGACACCAUGCGGGGGGAUAGUCCCACUCCCAGACUCUAUGGCAGCUGGUAUGUAAUGAAAACACAAACAGUGUUGCCAACAGAGUGAAAUGCCCACUUUCUCUCAGGUGCCUUGGGGUACACUCGGAAGUUCAAUUUUUGGGGGGCAAACUUGCCUUGACUCCUUGACUGAGAAAACUGGAUUUCCCAAUGUGGACAAAACAGGGAAAUAUAUAACUCAACUCAAAGAGACUGGGAAAUAUGAUCCCCUUCUAAUUUCCUGUGACGCCUAUAAAACAGACCUGUAUUUGUAAGGAUGGGAAAUAACCACAAAACCGCUUUGCAUGACUUCAUCUGACGCGUUUUCUCUGCCCUUCUGUUUCGUUUUUUGCAUGGUUGAUCGCAUUCCAGGGUUUGGGGACUUGCAGCAGUGUUUUCUUCCUGGUCUUAGAUUCAGGACUGGUUUUGUAAGUCAUAAAAACAAAGACUGUGGUGAUGCCUGAUGGCUAUUACCAUUUACUGCUGCAGCGAUCUCCAGAUGGAUCAAUA